UAGCUGCCUGUCUUCGUCCCCACAUCACGUUACAAACACGGCGUACAGAACGUAUUCAGAGCCCGCUCCCGGCCAGACGCACAGGCUGAACAACACCGUCAUGGGGGUUCAGGGCUUUCAAGAGUAUUUGGAGAAGCGGUGUCCCGGGGCCGCGGUCCCGGUGGACCUCCUGAAGCUUGCACGCACCGCGGCCCGCCAGCCUCCUCACCACCACCACCAUCACCCACACCACCACCCACAUCACCCCGGGCCCAUGCCUCCCCCGCCCCCGCCUGCAAGGAUCCUAAUCGACGCUGACUCCGGCCUGCAGCGGCUCUACGGCGGGUACCAGACGGACUGGGUGUGCGGGGGCGAGUGGAACGCCAUGCUGGGCUACCUGGCCGCCCUGUCGCAGGCGUGUCUGUACCAGGGCGGCCUGGAGCUGGUCGUGGUUUUCAACGGCACGCUGGGGAAGGAGCGCUGGCCCGAGUGGGCGCGGCGAGCUCAGGGCCAGCGACAGACCGCGCAGCUGAUAGUCAACCACGUCGGCAGCAAGGCCACCCCGCCCCCACGGGCAUGGUUCCUGCCCCCGGCCUGCCUCAGCCACUGCGUCCGCCUCGCCAUGUUCCGGUUCCGAGUGCGGGUUGUACAGACUUUGGAGGACCACCACCAGGAAGUGCUGUCUCUGUACAGGGACUUUGGUUUCGCUGGCCUCAUUGCUCAGGAUUCCGAGUUUGCCCUCUGCAACGUACCCGCCUACUUCUCCUCACACGCGCUCAAACUGAGCUGGAACGGCAAGAACCUGACCACACACCAGUACCUGCUGUCUGAGGCCGCCCGGCAGCUUGGGCUCAAGACACAGCACCUGCCCUGCUUCGCUGCUCUGCUGGGAAAUCAUAUUCUGCCUGAUGAGGACCUGGCUGCCUUCCACUGGAGUCUGCUGGGACCAGAACACCCACUAGCUUCUCUCAAGGUGCGAGCCCAUCAGCUGGUGCUGCCGCCCUGCGAGGUGGUGAUCAAGGCCGUCUCGGAGUACGUCUCCUCCAUCAAAGACCUGGGAAACCUCGACGCCAUCGCCAGAGAUGUCUUCAAACAGUCACAGUCUCGCAUGGAGGACAAGGUGGAGCGAUUCAAGAAAGCUGUGGAGUAUUUCUCUGCUGCCUCCAAACCACGCUCGCCCAACAUGGGGCCCUCGUCUUUCAUCUUACCUGGGUUUGGACCCAAUCCUUUUGGGGGACCACCUGGCCACAUGGGACCGAUGCAGCCUGGAAAGAAUCAGUUCCCUCCUCCCCAGGUACUGGGGUUCAAGCCACCCUAUCAAAAUGCUCCAUACGGACCCGGCUCCACCCCUCUGUUCCAGAACCCACCGCCGUCCCAAGACUGCAAUGACUCACUGACCGGCAAGAUGGGCUUCUCAGACUGGUCCGCGCCGUACGAUUCCACUCAGGGAGGAAAUCGAGUACCCAACCAUCACACCGGCACUCAGUCCGGACCUUCUCCGUCUCCCUCCUCGUCAUCGGACGGAGAUGAACCCAACGACAGCAACGCAAACCAUUUGACGGACAAGCCCUCGCGGUGGGAAGAUCCUGCCGGAAGGGGGGGCUCGGCCUCUGGAGACGGUUCCCAAGGCAACGGGAGCGGGUCAAACAUUCCGUCACUGUUGUCUAUGGCGACGCGGAGUCACAUGGACAUAACCACACCCCCUCUGCCUCAGGUCAGCGCUGAGGUUCUUCGUGUAGCCGAACACAGACACAGAAGAGGACUGAUGUACCCCCAGAUUUUCCACAUAUUGACCAAGGGAGAGAUGAAGAUGCCAGUGUGUAUAGAGGACGAGUGUAACUCCGAGCUGCCGCCUGCCUCUCUGCUGUUCCGCGCCGCCAGACAGUACGCGUACGGCGUCCUCUUCAGUCUGGCAGAAACACACCGCCGCCUGGAGAGGCUCGCUCUCCGCAAGAGGGCUCCCCUGGAAGUUCCUCCUGUGAUCGUCAAAGAGUGGAGCAGCGGCAAAGCCAAGUCGGCCCUGACUCCCGAGCUGGUUCCGGCCCUCUGUUUCCGGGAGUGGACCUGCCCCAACCUGCGCCGCCUGUGGUUGGGUCGGGCCAGCGAGGACCGCUCCAGAAGAACCAGGGCCUUCCUGGCCUGCCUACGCUCUGACUGCCCGGCCCUCCUCAACCCAGCACAGGUCCCACAGCAUCUGCUGCUCAUGUGCUGCGUGCUCAGGUAUAUGAUGCAGUGGCCUGGAGGAAGAAUCCUUCAGAGACAUGAGCUGGAUGCUUUUCUGGCUCAGGCUGUUUCCAGUCAACUCUAUGAACCCGACCAGCUACAGGAGCUCAAGGUGGAGAAGGUGGAUGCCCGCGGCGUGCAGCUCGCCUCUCUCUUUAUGGCCGGCGUCGACACGGCGCUGUUCAUUAAUGAUGUGUGCGGCCAGCCGUUGCCGUGGGAACACUGCUGUCCCUGGGGCUUCUUUGACGGCAAACUUUUCCAGAGCAAACUGGCCCGGGCCGCCCGCGACCGAGCAGCCCUGCUGGACAUGUGUGAGGGACAGGAGGAGCUGGUGUCCAAGGUGGAGAAGAUGCGUCAAGCAAUCCUCGAGGGCAUCAACCUGUCUCGCCCUCCUCCUCCUCCCCCUCCUCUUCCACCUCCUGCCUUCCUGCCCCCAGCCAUGGUGCCCCCUUUCUACCCCAUGCCUCCUCUCUACCCGCCUCGCCCCAUGGGCGGCAUGCCCCCCCAUCACCACCCGCAUCAUCCACAUCACCCCGCCCAGCACAGACCCAGAGCCUUCCCAGGCAUUCAGUCCAUCCCGCCUCAGGGAGGGAAACUGGAGAUAGCCGGCAUGGUUGUGGGCCAGUGGGCCGGGAACAAACCAAUCCGUGGGAGAGGGGGGUUCAACAUGCAGGUGGUGUCGGUGGGCGCAGGGAGAGGGAGGGGUAAAGAGAUUCCAGCUAAAGUGAGGGGAGUGAAAAAGACGCCUUCCAACAGAUCACAGACGUCGUCAUCCCCGACAUCCAGCAGCCCCCCGAAGCCGUCAGAGGAGACGGUCUCCACGCCAGAGGUUGCCACUCAGCAGCUGAACGGCAGCUCAGCAGCCUCCGCCAUCGGUCAGCCCUUGGAGCUGGCCCCCCUGGCCCAGCCAAUCCCGUGUGCCUUAGCCAGCAGAGACAACCAAUCAGAGGGGGUGGAAGUGGAGGCCCCCUGUUGCCUUGACGACUGCCCGUCAGACGGAGCACUACAGAAAGAGGAGUGAUGGCGUCCCUCCCAGGAUGCACUGCUCUGAGAGAGUUCUCUGUGUUCGACUGCCUUUCCCUGUUUUUGUAGCCCUGCCUGCUAGCUGUGACAUCAUCACAUGGAGCAGGAAGUGACGCGGGGCUCCCCCUCGCCUCCUCGCUGCUCCAUGUGAUCGAGCGGUUAGCUGUUACUUCCUUUUUAGUUUUCUCAUGUGGUUUUACAUUGUUUUAUGAAGAGAGGUUUUCUCCAUGAGUCUGUAAGCGCCCCGCCCCUAAAAAAUCCUUUAUGCCUCCCUCCCGCACCCAGAGUAAAAUAAGCUUGAAGCCCCGCCCCUCCCAGUAUGAUGACCCCCCCUCUUAUAAGAGCCCCCCCCACCUAAGUAUGGUUAUCUGUACAGUUUAAAAUUGUUUUUUUUUUUUGUUUUUUUUUUUUAAAUGGUCCCAUUGUUGGAAUCUCUGCACACAGAUGUUAAAGCUUGUGGUUACGGUGACAGAUUGGAUGUGGUUUCCAUGGUUACAGCAUCUAGUCCUGGUCGCCAUGGUUGGUAAUGUGUGUUGAUGCAGUUUGUUGCCAUAGCCUUCAUGUGUGAGGUUUACACGGAUCCAGAGAGAUGUUCAGAGUUUGACUCUGGAUGUGAGUGAUGUACCGUUUUUUUUUUUUUUUCUGUGCGGUGACCCUCGUCUCCCAAAACUCUGCAGGCUAGCAGCGCUGCUAAACACACGGUGUUAGCACUUCCCCCCCUACUGAUUGAUUGGUUAUCUAUUACAGGAGCACUUCUGCACCACCAUGGUAUUAGGGUGCUAUCUUACUUUGACCUAUGUAGCAAAGCCUAGUGCUAAGCUGUGCUAAGAAACCCCAUGAGUUUAUGCACCUUAUGCCCCAAAGUAUGCAAGAUAUUCCCCCGCUCCUAAAAAAAAAAAAGAAAAAAGUGCAUUAUAUAUUAUUCUCCCAUCCCCCACGUCCCUUUCUCCCAAAGCUUUGAUUGUAUUAUCCCAACAAAAGCACUUACUGUUGUAUUUAAAUAUAAUUAAUUUGAACAAGCCCCUGUACAGGCGAAUUGACCAUGUGUGAGGGGUUUCCCCCCCCCCGCACAUAAAUAAAUCCUUAUAAUGUGUAGAACUACAUUUUAAAGGUAGAGAUCUAUUCGAGAGACGUCAGAAUGUGAACGGAGUGGUUUCAGACAAAGAAGCACUUUGUUUAAAUAAAAGAAAUGUUAAACCACACUGGACUGUCCUCUACCAGGUGAUAAAGAAAAGAGAAACUCCUUCUGAAGCACCUUCUGGAGUUAAAGGCCAAAAAGAAAAGACAAAUGCUGCCCAGCAAAAAGAUAAAGAUGAAUGGUGAGGGUUUGGGUGAUCCCAGAUCCCCUCCGACUGGCCUCACACAUUCAUCGAGAACCUUGAAACGAAAGCUGAAGUGACUCCUGAUUCUCAGGAAGUCGCUUCAGAUUUCUAAGAAGUUAUUUCCAAAGUGUAUUUUAAAAGGCUCGCCCGCACAGGCAGUCAGCGAUAAAUAUAUAAAGAGGACUUUGCGACAAAGCCUCCGAGAGUCCUCCACCCUCUGGCGGUGAUUGAGCGACUGUUGCCAUGACGAUAGCCCAACACCGCGAGCUGCUGCCCCCCCGCGCACAGCUCCGGUGUGUCACUUUAUAGACCAGCAGGAAGCACUUACCUGCCCUGAAGCCCCUCUGCCGAGCACGGCUUGAGGCUUCACGGGUCGGAUCACAUGACAGGAGAGAGAGAGGCCUCACGGCGGACCUCGGUGUGCCGCUCACAAUCCUGAGACUUCUGAGAUAA